GAAAGUAUUCCUCUGCCCAUCGAUCAGUGCAAGCCGAGCGUGACGUUGAUUACUGAACAUGGCGAGAACAUAUAUCCUUGGAACUUUGUUGGGUGUUGUACUGCUGGCAGUAUUUGCUCAGAGUGCCCCACAAUAUGCGCCCGGAGAGGAACCCACUUACGACGAGGACGAUCAAGCAAGCGAUUUGGCGAAAGAAGAUAAUGAUGCAUCCGGAAAUGAGGAGGACUACGCUGCUAUUGAAGCAGGCCUUAAUCAACCGUUUGGCACGGCAGCGGAUCCCGGCCGACGUUUAGGAGAUGGACAGCGACUUGAGAACAACCCAUUGCAUUUGCAAUAAUCUAAAGCAGCAUUACUUAUACAAAGAAACAUUUUCAACUUAUAUACUACUAGUAUCCAUAGUCGCGUUGAGUGAUUAAUAGGAACAAGCACGAUUCGG